AUGCAGGCUGAUACUAUUCAAUCGUAUGAUCCGCCGCCAGUGGUUCGAGCGGUCAGAUAUCUCUUUAGCUCGUUGUCACAAUCUACUUUGGUGAUGCUGACUGAUAAUCAGGAGGCACAAGCACAAUUUAUCAAGGAAGUUCUUGGGGUUGCUACCAUUUUAUUUUCGAUCUGGCUUUCUUGGAGUUGUCUUUUGUUGAUCUUUCGAGGUGCCAAUUGCGUUUCCGAAAAGUUGUACUUCCCUCAACAAACUUCGCAUACAUCGGAUUCUACAAUCGAAUCCACUGAUGAGUCCUCUGAUGGAAACAAAGAGACGGAUGAUUCCAGUGGACUAUCCUGCGAUUCGAGUCCAGAUUCACAAGUCGAAGAUGCCCAUCCUUCAACUUCCUAUUGUCAGUCUUUCAUCAAGUUCAUUGGCAACUAUUGGCAUCUCAUUUUUCGAACCCUGUUUGCGAUUGCUUGUAUGGCAUCGGUGUGCUCGAGUGUUCUGGUUUUUGGCUUGACUUCGUUCCCUGCCGUCAGCGUUUUGGAAAGUACCGAUCAUCUGAUUGAAGAGACCCAACUCAUCGUCACCACUACCCAACGAGCCAUGAAAGUAAUCCAGGAGACUUCUAUUUUCACAACACAAAUUGAAGCCAAAAUGAGGUCGGAGUUGAUUGGUCUGUGCCCGGGUUUACCUCACUUCUACCUGGCUCACAAACUUGGCGUGGAUCCGUUUGAGUUUACUAUGUUUCUGGAUCGUGGAAAUGAGGAUUUUGCGACCUUCUUUCAAUUUAGUGGCACUUUGGACGCUGCAGGAAAAGUCGAGACGCAAUUACAAGUGGCUAUAGAUGGAAUCCAAGCAGGACAAGAUUGGAUUUGGGUCCUUUCCCUUUUGAUGCUUUGCGUGACGACACUGACAUUGGUGUUCUUAUUUUCCAUGUUCUGGGCGAUCCUUCAAGAGCAAUUGGACAAGUGGCACUAUGCAGAGCAACAGGGACAGUGGGAAAAUAUGAUGUCUUGGUGCAUCGUUCCUUUGUUUGCCAUUAUUACUCUCAUGGUCUGGGUAGCAGCUAUAUCCUUGUCCAUCGGGGCCAUUGUUGUCACGGAUGUGUGUCUGCCAACACCAGACGAGAGCGUUCUCUUCGUUCUUCGGAACAUGGAUGACUCUGUGAUGAAUCCGAUGUUACUGGACGCGGCUUCUGCUUACGUGACGAGUUGCCAGAACAGUGAUCCAUUGCACAUGUUGUACGCCGUCGAAGGAAGUUUGAAGGGAGCAAUUGAUGUGAUUGAUAAUCAGUUACAAGAUGUACUGACUGGUGGUUAUGCCGACCUCGAAGGAGCGUGCGGUCCCGGCAACAAGCUGGACGGCUUCUUUUCUUCUGUGUCACAACUCUCCUACUACUUGCGAAAGGCCUACGGUGUCGUCCUAGAAACGCAUCAGGCAUUGGACUGUCCUCAUGUUAGUGAACUAUACCAUGACCUCUUUCAUGAAGCCUUGUGCUCUGAGUUCGCUAGUGCAGUUUCUUUUGGAUUUUGUUUUGUUUUGACGGUUGCUAUUGCCAGUCUCCAAAUCCUCACAUUCCGAGCUGCCUGGAACUACGUAAGGUUUCGCUAUUGA